AUGGUCAAACGACGACAACAACAAUCAAUAAAAAAAACUAAACCAACGACUGGAAAUAGAUCAAAAUCAGUUAAAGGAAAAAAAGUUAAUCAAAAACAUGGAACUAAAAAACAUACAAAAUCUGCAGUUUCAAAAAGAUCAGUUUCACCAGCAUCAUCAUCAUCAUCAUCGAUAAAAAAACAUGGUCAUCAAAAAAUACGUAAACAAAAAGGAAAAACACCCAGUAAAUUUAAUCUUUAUAUGAAAACAACUGUACCACAAAUCAAACAAGAUCAUCCCGGUAUAUCACAAAAAGAUGCAUUCAAGAAGGCUGCAGAACAAUGGACUGAAUCGCCAGAUAAUCCAAAGAAUAAACAUCAUUAA